AGUCCGUCACCGUCGCUCGUUGUGCGAGCACACGCGGACGACGACUACGGUCUCUCUGCGAGUCAGGCUGCACGCGCUGCGUGUGUUUUUGUCGUCGCGUAUCUCGUUGACACAGUGACGGAUCGACACCAGUUCCUUGCGCGUUCAGACGCACGAGGGUGAAUUUCCCCCACGUUGCGCACAGAUUCCGCGCUAGUAAACCCGCGUUUUUUUUUUCUUUUUUGAAAAUUGACGCAAACAAAUUAUCUCGGAGAAAAGAUUUUUCCGAAAGAGAGAGAAAGAGAUAGAGACGUCGAACGAUUACGAACUUGACAGGGGCGCCCUUCGGAGCACGCGUGCUGUCAGAGAAUCAGGUGAAAGCGCGCGGACGCGUUGAACGUUACUCACACGUCAGUCGCGCGAGAACUUGUGUGAACUACUUGUGUGCGCUUGGAUUGUCUAUCGACUGCUACCUCCGCGGCCCGUGAGAGACAGACGUCGAGACGGACGGACGACAAGUUGGAACGAGAAUCGGUUCGAGGAACGGACGAGGGGGUGGCCCGCGUCUCGCGGCCGUUUCGCCCCGUGAGUGACAAGUGGUCGUCGGCGACGCGUGGCUAACCACGUGGCGCGGUGUGUGCGCCGGUGUACAGCCGCUUGGGGUGGCGUAAACUUUCGCGGGACUCUCUUUCCCUUCUGGACACGUGUGUGUAUGUGUGUGUGUUGUGUGCUUGUGCUCGGACAAUCGCUCGUCGUCGGGUAGGACAGGAGGUAAUCAUCGUCGAUCGGUCGGGCCGAUCGGUCGUUGGUUUUUUCUUCCGAGCGAACGGACAGGAAAGUUAACGGUCGAUCUUCGCCUAUCGGUUUCCCUCCUUUUCUCCUUCACUCUCCGUCUCGAGGGCAUGGUGAAACAGUGAUUAGCCCGCCGUAAAUCAUCGCCGGUGCCAACAGCAGUCGCGAGGGGGGAAAGCGGUGGUGGUAGUCUGGUCUCGCCGUCGCAGGCCGCCGCGAGAUGCUGAGAGCCUCGGCCGUUCAGUCCAGCCAAUCACGUAGGGUGUUGCGAUCUGUGCCGAGGGCCGUCGCGGCCUGCUAAGAUGACCGCGCGUCUACACUCGCUGAGGCAUCAGGAGAAGAAAUCAGCCGGCAGUAGCCACAGGCAGCACCACCACCAUCAGCAUCAGCAGCAGGCCGUGCAUCAGGGUCCGAGCCCGGUACCGAGCCCCAGUCCCAGUCUCAGCCCGAGCCCAAAACAUUCGGACGGACGAAGAGCUAACAAACCACUAAUGGAAAAACGACGGCGAGCAAGGAUCAACCAGUCCUUGGCGGCGCUGAAGGCGCUCAUCCUCGACAGCGCCCGCCUGGAGAACACCAAGCACAGCAAGCUUGAGAAAGCUGAUAUUUUGGAGCUUACGGUCAGGCAUCUGCAGCGACAGAGAUCGCUCGCCCAACCUGGCUUGUCCAGGUACAAAGCGGGAUACCAGGACUGCUCCAGAGAGGUGAGCCGCUAUCUCGAUGCGCCGGACAUCAUCACGGGCAACACCACGCCGAUGGACCCGGCGGUGAAGCAGCGGCUGCUUCGCCACCUCGACAGUUGCGUGUCGGAGCUCGACCUGGACCUCGGCUCGCGGCCGGACAGCGGUCUGGGCAGCAGUCCGGGCAGCGUUACGGAUCGCGUGGCCGGGGCGACGAGCCCGGGCCCGCUGGACCACCACGUGCCGGUCGGGCCGCAUUGCAGCGCCGCCGCGCUCACGCCGGCCGGUCUGAUCAAGUCCGAGAUCCCGGAGAUGGUGGAGGCGGCGCGACCGGACAGCAGCACCACCGCCGGCGACGAGAACAACAACAGCAGCCGGCCGACCUCCGCCUUCAGCCAGGUUAACCCGGCGACGUUGGACCCGCAUCAUCCGCAUCAUCCGUCGAAUCUCCCGGUCGAUCAGGCCUCCACGUCGCAGCAGAAUCCCAACAUGCUCUCCGUGGUGCAGGUGAUACCCUCCCGAUUGCCGGACGGCCAGGUGGUCUUCCUGCUGCCGAGCCACUACGUGCAGCUGGCGGCGGCGGCCGCGGCGAACGGCAUCAGCAUCGGGCCGAAUCCGCCAACGGCGAUCUGGGCGGCGACCAACAUGUCGCUGCUCAAGGCUACCGAUAAGCUGGUGAAGCGACCGCACGAGGAUAUCGGUCAGGAAUGGCAGGAUCCCACUGGCGGUCUCAAACCCAGCAAGAGCCCGCGGAUGGAACAGCCGGAGCAGCCGCUCGACUUCACCACCACGUCCAAGAAGAUGAAGACCGCCGGCUCGAGAAACUCGACGCAUCCUGGCGUCGUCGAUCAUCAUCAUCAUCUACGACAACAGCAGCAGCAGCAGCAGCAACAGCAACAGCAACAGCAGCAGCAGCAGCAGGUCCGUCUAUCAACCGAGACCGGCGGUCCCAUCGUCCACGAGGACAGACCGUCUAGUCACCCGGACACCGAGGUCGCUGUCGGCAUGCCCUCCCCGUCGCCGGUCGGCCAGCAGCCGGUCAAGGAUGAGGAGGGCAUGUGGAGACCCUGGUAAAGAUCCGAGGCUUCUUGUCCUUGUAAAUAGAAGUAUGUAUCUUUGCGGAGAAUGCGUGCAAAAAACCGGAAGUCGCGCAGCUGCGUUCGUCGCUUGCUGCGGAAGCUCUUCAGGUCGCGUGUACUUGGCACACAUUCUGGAUGAUCGGUAUUGGUAAGCGAAAUUGACGUUAUCGCGCAUUGCGAGUAAUUCGGGAAACAUAGAAGAUUAUCGUAGAUUUUAGAUUUACUUUAAGGUUCGUCAUUUGAAAUUCGUUCAGUCCGGACGCGAGCGAUUUAAUGUUUUUGCCCGCCAAUUUAAACUCUAUAUAAUUUUUGCAUUGACAGAGAUCGUUAUCACACACGUCUCCGAAAACUCAAAAAUAACUCUAUCAUUGAAUGCAACGAGUUAAUUACUCGCGCUUAUAAAUACAAGGGGUAGUUUCCCUUAAAAUCGCCAUUGUCGAUAUAAAAGAAAAAAGAAUACGUGUCUACUAUGGUUUUUAACUGUGUUCUACGAGUGCACACCGAGUGUCAACAAAAUCGGCGAGUGUAACACAAAGGUAGCUUUACUUGUAACUGAACAAUUGAAGAUGUGAGAGAAAUUGUCACACUCAUUUUGACGCAUGUUGCAAAAAAAGAACCACAACGGUCGUCGCGGCACGAUUUCGGGAACGCGCGAAAAUGCGCGUGCACGCAUUUACGAAAAGCGCGCUCCUCAAUUAGCGCGAUGCAGCAAUUCUCAAAAGAGUGGCGGGGUGCCCGAGCCCAAAAGUAAUUAACGCGCAAUAUUUAUUUACGUUAUUACGAGAGGGGGGAGGGAGGGGAGCAAUUGGCAAUGACACAAUUUCCGCGAUAAUGCAAUUCUCGCAAUCGCGUGAUCGGCGAAUUUUCACAGGCGCAGGAAAUUAACGCGAGGGGAGAGAGAAAGGGAGCACUUGAAAUUACCCUCUCGCGCAAGACCGAAUAUAUUUUAUACGUGUGUCGAAAAUUAUAAAACACCUUCUCGCGCCGUUACUUUAUUUCUUUGGAUUUUCGCGUUCGAGGCGGAAAGCCGAGAAAAACCGCGAUUGACCGCGGUUUUUUCUUCCUCUCUUUUUUUUUUUUUUUUUUUUUUUAAUCCCCGUCGCACCACUUGCGGCCACUCACGGUCGCUGUGGAAACGAGUACACGGAAAAGGCGUAUGCGCAUUCUCGCCUAAUAACUCCGCGCGCGCGAGUGACGUCAGCGCGCGGGCUGUACGCGCCGUUUCUUGCGACGGCGCUAAUGAAGCCUUUAAUUUGCAUCGCGGUCCAAAAGCACCGCGGUCGUUUAAAUCCGCUGCUGCAACGCCCGCCGUUAUUUUCUCUCUCUUUCUCUCUCUCUCUCUCUCUCUCUCUCACUCUUUGCGAAAGCGCCGUUUUCGAAUAACGGCGUAUGGCACCGCGGUUGCGUCACAGCAUAUAGCCGGGAUUUUCACAUCGACGAAACGAUUCCGGGAUGGGCGAUUUAACAGGGGAUGAACGUACGUAACGAGCGAAACCGCGACGAGACGCAACGUAAUACGUUUUAAUGAUCUCGUAGACUCAAAAAGGACAUGCAGCACCGCGUAUUUUCAUUUAUUUGUAAAGAGACCGCGCCAUUUUUAGAAACAUUCAGAGAGAGGCGAAGACGUGUUAUUAAUCCCUCUUUCUCUCCGACGACUGUUCUAAUUUUGUUAACCCGAGAAUAGUCACCUAGUUUUUUUUUUCGCGUAAACGAUCACUCGUUCUAUAUAAUUUAUUUUGAGUCAUUACGCGUAUAAAUUUAUACUCGCUAUUUUUUGCUUAAGCAGAAAUGAAAAAAAGAUAUUAACUUUAUUUUCUCGCUGCUGACGUGUGGAAAACAUCCCAGGUGACUGCUCUCGGAUUAACGAAAAACGGAGUUGCGUUUCGUAUGAAAGCGAGCCAUUUCCAGACUUUGCAUCUCGUCAAUCAAGUACUUUCUUCAUCUUUAUUUUCACUUAUAUAUUCCUCUCCAGUCUCUGGAUCGAUCCGAAUCAACUCGCGGCUCCCUUCGUCGAGGAGGAAGCUACGACGAAGCGAGUCGCGGGUUCCGCGAGAUCACGGAAACAGAAGCGACGGCGCGCAGCGGCGCGAACGUGUCUUGAGAAGGGCGGUUGCGAAACGCCAAAAUGGAGCGAGUGCUUGUAUGUGUGCGCGUGAGAGAAGACAGCAUUGUAAAAACUAUACGCCUAAAAACUUCUGCGAUUUUCCCUGCGUGGAGAGACAGAGAGCCUCGGCGGAGCCGCUCGGUCUCGCAAUUAUGCAAGCGACAAAAGAAAUCGUUCUGACGUAGUUGCGCGUUAAAAAAAAAAAUUGCGCUGCAAGAUAACUGUAUGUAUGUAAAUGGAGUAAUUAGAUUACGAUUAUUGUGUGAGAGAGAGAAGUGGCGAGUGUGUGCGAGCGAAAGAAAGGGAGCGAGUGCGUGCGUUUUAGUCCGCCAUUCGUGUACAUAGCCUCUCGAUCGGAAUUAUUGCUAUUUGCGAGAUAUAGAUUUAUUUUGAUGUUAUCUAGGUGUAUACGGCGAGGGAGAAAGGGGGUGCGUUUGUGUGCGUGUAUCGUGCGUGAGUUAGCGUUCUUUUUGCGGACGGGUGGCGACUGACGGUCGGCGCCCGGCGGCGUAGCGAGGAGUCACCAUCUCACCACCUAAUUUACGUCUGUAAUUGCUAAAUAUCCUGGGAUUCGAAUUCCUUAUUCGAUGUACUUAGACACGCAGUCAAUAUAGGGCAUGUAUAUUGAACUGUA